UUGAAGCUCUGUAACAGCUGGUAACGGAGGCUUUUGGGGUAGCCGGCGAGGCAUGGUGGAUUCCUCUCUUUCUAUAUGGAUUUGGUGCUUCACUCUCUACCCAUUAUCUCUCUUUUCCUUUAUUUACUUUUUCUUUGGUUUAUUUAUGUGGGUUCGGAAAGAACAGGAGAAGAAAGAAGCUGAAGCCCCCUUGUUAUGGUUCGAAACCUCUGACUCUGUUUGUCGCCGACACCAGUUUGAACCUGAUGGUCGACUCUCCGUUGUGAUUGUUGAUGAUUCCAGGCCCCUAUACCAAAGGGUGGCUGGAUGUUUCAUGAAUAAAUUUUUCCCCUCGGGAUAUCCAUACAGUGUGAAUGAAGGCUAUCUCAGAUACACGCAGUUUCGGGCUUUGCAACAUGUUACCAGUGCAGCGCUAUCAGUUCUAUCAACUCAGUCCUUGCUAUUUGCUGCAGGGUUGCGGCCCACUCCUGCACAAGCAACUGCUGUUAGUUGGAUUUUAAAGGAUGGAAUGCAACAUGUAGGGAAGCUAAUCUGUAGCAAUUGGGGUGCUAGAAUGGAUUCUGAGCCUAAACGUUGGAGACUACUAGCUGAUGUGCUCUAUGAUAUCGGCAUUGGCUUGGAAGUGCUUUCUCCAUUAUGCCCGCAUCUUUUUCUAGAAGUGGCAGGCUUAGGAAAUUUAGCAAAGGGGAUGGCAGUUGUUGCAGCAAGAGCAACAAGAUUGCCUAUAUAUUCUUCAUUUGCUAAAGAAGGAAAUCUGAGUGACCUAUUUGCUAAAGGAGAGGCUUUUUCAACUCUCUUUAAUGUUGUUGGAAUUGGAGUUGGAAUUCAAUUAGCAUCUACUGUCUGUGCAUCAAUGCAGGGAAAGUUUGUUGUGGGUCCUCUCCUUUCCAUAUUACAUAUAUACAGUGUGUCUGAAGAAAUGAGAGCAACUCCUAUCAAUACCUUGAAUCCACGAAGAACUGCAAUGGUUGUGGCCGAUUUUCUCAAGGAAGGAGUUGUAGCAAGCCCUGCUGAUCUAAGAUAUAGAGAAAAUCUGCUGUUUCCUCUGCAACUCAAAGAAGAUGCUGGAAAUGUAAGAGUGGGGAAGGAUGUACACAAGGUCAUUCAACCUUCCAGGCUUCUUGAGUUAAGACAAGUGUUCCCUAAGGAGAAGUUUCUUUUAAAUUUUGGGGGAAAUUGCAUCAACAUGGUGUUGGAGCAAGAUGCUAGUGGUGAAGAUGCAUUGAGAGGGUGGCUAGUAGCUGCAUAUGCUUCACAAACUGAGAGUUCCUCUCAUGAGCUCAAUGGUAGUGUCAUGCAUGAGGCUUAUGAGAAAAUGAAUGGUGUCUUUCCUGUAUUCUUAAAGGAAUUGCAGAACAAAGGGUGGCACACUGAUAGGUUUUUGGAUGGAACUGGAAGCCGUUUUGCACUCUAGUGCUCGUAUAGUUUCUAUGUUGCUUUGAGUAGGUUUUGAUCCAUUCUUUCAGAGAAUUUUUGAUGUGCUAUGGGUGGAGUAAAUCCGAUAGUGUUCACAUAUCUUAUGCUCAAUUUAAUUGUAUAUUGUACCUAUUUUUUUAAAGAGCAAUGUUAGAUGCACCAAAAGAUAGAAUGACGCGCGCACCCACAUUUGCCUCGUGAAUGUGUAGUCUCAAACCCAUGUUUUAUUUGGUUUAUUCAAGUUAUUUAUGUAUUUAUCAUAAUUAUAAUGAUGGUAUUAAGUUUCGA